AUGAUUUCAGGAUAUGCAAAAUGUGGUAUGUGGAAUGAGGCUUUUGAGCUGUUUACAAAGAUGGUUGUUGGACUUGGAAUAAGGCCAAAUGAGUCUGCACUGAAAGAAGAUCAGGGAUUUGAGCUUAGUGUGACCCUAGGUACAGCUCUGGUGGAUAUGUAUUGUAAGUGUGGAAGUGCCGAGAAAGCUCUCAAAGUCUUCAAUGAGAUGCCAGUAAAGAAUGUGUUGUCAAGGAGCUCCAUGAUAGGUGGUUUGGCCAUGAAUGGCUGUGGGAAGCAAGCAUUGUCCCUCUUCUGGCGGAUGCAGAUUGUGGGUCUUGCCCCAAAUGGGGUAACAUUCUUAACUGUGCUACAUGGGUGUAGUCAUUCUGGAUUAGUGGAUGAGGGUCGUCGGAUUUUUUAUUUGAUGACUGAAGACUAUGAAAUUGAACCUCAGCUAGAGCACUAUGGUUGCAUGGUUGAUCUACUUGGAAGAGCUGGUCUAAUCAAAGAAGCUUUGGAUUUUGUGGAUUCCUUGUCAGUUAAGCCCCAUGCUGCCUUAUGGGGUGCCCUUCUUAGUGCAUGUAGAAUACAUGGAAAUGAAGAGCUUGGAGAAGAAUUGGGAAAGCAUCUUAUCGAGUUGGAGCCCGAUCAUAGUGGGAGAUACACUCUCUUGUCUAAUAUAUAUGCAGCCGCAAGGAGGUGGGAUGAUGUGGAAACUGUUAGAAAAUUGUUUAAAGAGAGAGGAGUUUCCAAGAACCCGGGGAACUGUAGUAGAAGCAAUAUGACCAAUCAUGCUAUGUGA